CAUUUCUCUACCGGCAUGUAAAUAUUACUUUCGUACGCUUUGCAUAGAUAUCGCUAGCUAUUUUCCAAUAAAUUGUUGUAUAUGUGUCUAGACUCUGUGCUGCACGUUUUAGGGAUAGGAAGCUUGCUGGCAAGUGUCUAGUGUGUAACAUUAACUAUGAUAUGAAACUUCGAGUCAUUCAACUGCUUUCCAGCUACUGUAGCUAGCCAUAAUGCUAUCGUUCAAUCAAUUAUUGUGGCUAUUUUGUAGCCUAGCUUUUAUUUUACUAUCACAAUACACCAAUGCAAAAAACUUAAAAAGCUCAUGUAAUACCUGCAAACAGAUAGCUGAUAACUUCAGUAAGGGAUUGGACCGAACGAAAAAACAGAACUUUGGUGGAGGAAACACCGCUUGGGAGGAGAGGGCGCUUUCCAAAUAUGAAACGAGUGAGAUCCGCCUAGUUGAGAUUCUGGAGAAUCUGUGUGACAGCAGCAGCUUUGACUGCAACCACAUGGUAGAGGAGCAUGAGGACCUCUUUGAGACCUGGUGGUUCAAGAGGCAAAAUAAGCAUCCUGAUCUGUAUAAGUGGUUCUGCGUUGAUACCAUCAAGGUGUGCUGUUCGACGGGAACGUUUGGCCCUGAUUGCAAUGCCUGUGUGGCGGGUUCCGAGAGGCCUUGCCAUGGCAACGGGGUGUGUGACGGUGACGGAACACGAGGUGGUAACGGCAGGUGCAACUGUGACCAUGGUUACAAGGGGGAGUUCUGUCUGGACUGUAUGGACGGAUACUUCAAUGAAAUUAGGAACGACACUUUUUCACUAUGCACAGAGUGCCACACCUCCUGCAAGACCUGCACUGGUCUAACCAAUGAGGACUGUGAGAAGUGCAAGACUGGCUGGGGGGAGGAUGAUGAGGGGACUUGUCUUGAUGUGAACGAGUGCUUGAACGACCCUCCUCUCUGCAAAGAGGAUCAGUACUGUCUGAACACGGAUGGCUCGUUCUCCUGUAAAGGCUGUGAAAAGGUGUGUUCAGGCUGUACUGGGGCAGGGCCUGAUAAGUGCCAGGGCUGUUCUCCUGGGUACCAGGACACAGAGGGCACCUGCACAGAUGUGAACGAGUGUGAGCAGACUGAUGCUGUGUGUACUGCGGAGAACCAGGAGUGUGUGAACAACAAAGGAAGCUACAUCUGUAUCUGUGCCAGCAGGUACGAGGAACAGGAGGGAGUCUGUGUCAAAAUACCAGAGCCAGAGGAGAAUGAGGCAGAAACAGUGAAACGUCCAGAAGAGCACGAAGACCUUUGACCUCAGGAAAUGAACCAAUAGGAACAAACCAGGAAGAGCAUUUGGAGUAAAUGAUGAGGUGGGUGUCACCCGUGAGACUACACCUCUAUAGCUCACAGCAUCAGAAUAUCUUGAGGCCACUCCUUUUUAAAGCAUUGCGACUACAUGGCAGUUGAACACUCGACAUGCAUACUGCACUCUACAGAUUUAUACCUGUCGAUCAUGGAUGGACAGCCAACAGAAUGGCUGAGAGAAUUAAAGAUUCAACCCCUAUGUACUCUGGUUCUUGUUUUUGCUGUGGUUAACCCAACAAGUGUUUUCUGGUUUUUAAAUUUAUGCAGGAUUUUGAACGUUAUUCAAAUAAAGUUUGAGAACAGAAA